AUGCCGGCUCUGCCAGCACUGCUGCUGUCGAUUUACGUCGCCGUCCUGCUGCUGACCAUGGCACCGCUCUCCUUCAGCCAGGCCAACACCCUCUCUGCCGUCCGCAUGGCGGCCAUUUUGGAUGAUCAGUCAGCGUGUGGUCGUGGUGAGCGUCUGGCGCUGGCUCUGGCGAGGGAGAACAUCAACAGUCUGAUGGAGGGCUCCUCCCAGGCGAGGGUGGAGGUGGACGUCUACGAGCUGCAGAAAGACUCCCAGUACGACACCACUGACACCAUGUGCCAGAUCCUGCCAAAGGGCGUGGUCGCUGUUAUUGGUCCCGCCUCCAGCCCCGCCUCCGGGUCCACCAUCAGUCACAUCUGUGGAGAAAAAGAGAUUCCUCAUGUGAAGAUCGGUCCGGAGGAGACCCCGAAGCUGCCCUACCUUCGCUUUGCCUCAGUGAGUCUUUACCCGAGUAACGAGGACCUGAGCCUGGCCAUCGGAUCCAUUCUGCGCAAUUUCGGCUACCCGACGACCAGCCUCGUCUGCGCCAAAGCUGAGUGCCUGCUGCGAUUGGAGGAGCUGGUCCACCGCUUCCUCAUAUCCAGAGAGACGCUUUCGGUGCGAAUGCUGGACGACAGCCUGGACCCCACCCCCCUGCUGAAGGAGAUCCGUGACGACAAAGUGGCCACCAUCAUCAUCGACGCCAACGCCUCCAUCUCCUACCACAUCCUGAGGAAGGCGAACGAGCUCGGGAUGACGUCAGCCUUCUACAAGUACAUCCUCACCACCAUGGACUUCCCUCUGCUGCGGCUGGACGACGUGGUGAACGAUCAGUCCAACAUUUUGGGCUUCUCCAUGUUGAACAGCAGUCACCCCUUCUACCUGGAGUUCAUCCGCAGCCUCAACCUGUCCUGGAGGGAAGGCUGCGACAUCAGCCCGUACCCAGGACCGGCGUUGUCGUCGGCCCUGAUGUUCGAUGCGGUUCAUGUGGUGGUGAGCGCCGUGCGGGAGCUGAACCGCAGUCAGGAGAUCGGAGUGAAGCCGCUGAGCUGCACGUCUCCACUCAUCUGGCAACACGGGACCAGCCUCAUGAACUACCUACGCAUGGUGGAGUACGAUGGUCUGACGGGUCACAUUGAGUUCAACAGCAAAGGCCAGAGGACCAAUUACACCCUGAAGAUCCUGGAGAAGCACCCUGCGGGCCAUAAAGAGAUUGGUACCUGGUACUCAAACAACACCUUGGCCAUGAACUCCACCUCCCUGGAUCUCAACGCGUCCGAGACGCUGGCGAACAAGACGCUAAUCGUCACCACAAUACUGGAAAACCCGUACGUGAUGCGUAGGGCCAAUUACCAGGACUUCCAGGGUAAUGAGCAGUACGAGGGUUUCUGUGUGGACAUGCUGCGGGAGCUCUCCGACAUCUUGAAGUUCUCCUUCAAAAUCAAGCGUGACGACGGGCUGUACGGAGCCCCGGAGCCCAACGGCAGCUGGACCGGCAUGGUGGGAGAACUCAUCAACCGGAAAGCAGACCUGGCGGUCGCCGGCUUCACCAUCACCUCAGAGAGAGAGAAGGUGAUCGAUUUCUCCAAACCCUUCAUGACCCUCGGGAUCAGCAUCCUCUACCGGGUUCAUCUGGGCCGUAAACCAGGUUACUUCUCCUUCCUGGAUCCGUUCUCUCCGGCUGUCUGGCUCUUCAUGCUGUUGGCGUACCUCGCCGUCAGCUGCGUCCUCUUCCUCGCCGCCAGGCUGAGCCCCUAUGAGUGGUACAACCCUCACCCGUGCCUGCGGGAGCGGCGGGACGUCCUGGAGAACCAGUACACGCUGGGAAACAGUCUGUGGUUCCCAGUGGGCGGCUUCAUGCAGCAGGGCUCGGAGAUCAUGCCCCGGGCUCUGUCCACCCGCUGUGUCAGCGGAGUCUGCCCUGUGGUCCAAACACUCCUGACUCCUCCGCCAGUUUGA